AUGGCCCCCCUUUGCAUUGAAGUCGCCGACGCCCCUAGCACCGCUGCUUUCCGCGCGGACCAGGCCAUCGCGGGCCCCGCGGGGGAAAUACUGAAGAACACGCAAGGUGUCGUUAAGGUAUACUACGGUUUGCAGUUUGAGGAGGAGAAGCAUGUCUAUGUUUGCAACGUAUGGGAGCGGCUUGACGACCAUCGCCGGCUCCAGGCAGACGCUGUCGCCUACCCUCUUCUUGGCAAGGCUUGUGCGCAAUUCAUGGCCGGGGGGUCUAGGAUAGUGCAUAUCUACCCGACGAGCGAGCCAUACGGCGCCCUAGCGGCACCAGCCACGGAACUCGCGUACGUGACCGUCAAGCCGGGACAGUCGAAGGAGAAGGUCGACGAAUAUGGUGCUGCGCUCAUGGCACUGAUGAAUGGCCUCCCGGAGAGCUACGGCGUCCGCACCGCUGUAUGGGGACAGACGGAGGAGAAUCCUAAUACGAUUGCUUUUGUCAUCGGCUGGACGUCAGUGGAGGCUCACUUCAAUACUGUCAAGACUCACCCAGAGGCUAUCCGUCUGCUCACGGAACUCCGCGAGAUUGCUGAUAUCACCCUCAGUCACGCUGAAUUGAAGGCAUACUGA